GUCUCACAUUGAAUCUGUUCUGAAAAAGUAACAGUGUCAUUUGCAGACUUUAUUCCUUCUAGCUUCUGUUGUUCCGGUCCUUUUUUCUCUCCUGAACACUUCAAAUGGGAGACAACCAAGAAUGGUGAUGUCUUUACAUCUCGGAUCUAAGCUGCUUUUGAUCUAAUCAUCAAAGGUCUUUGUGAAUUCUACAAUUUCAGGUGGAGAAUUUGAUAGUGUUGAUGGUAUUACAGGAGAACAAUAUGCCAAUCUUUGAAUUUGUACACUGUUUGAGAAGGUGUGUGUGUGUGUGUGUGUGUGUGUGUGUGUGUGUGUGUGUGUGUGUGUGUGGGUGUCUCUGUGUGUAUUUUAUAUUUAUUUGUAUGUGUCUCGUUUGCAUAAUGAUCAAUUAGAAUCUUGGAGCUGACGGAUACCUUGAACCACUUCCAGAACCAGAACAGUGAGAAGGAUGUGAGCUUUCACACCAUGCGUGUAAAUCUGGAGAAGAUGGAGAUGAUGAGGGCAGAGGAUAGAGCAGAGAUGGCAGGAGUUCGCGCUGAGGUUCAAGCCCUGCAACACAUUUUAUACCAAAUACAUCAGUUGGUUCAGGGUGAGAACUCUGACUCUGAAAGUAUGCCCGCCUCACUUCCCCAUGGCAGGUUUCCGUCAGGAAACAGCACCUUCAUGGCUGUACAGAAUGUACUUUCUAAGCAUCUGAAAGAAUCUCAGGAGGUGCAUGCCCGUUUGACAAAAGCUCUGGAGCAGGUGGACACAUUUAAAGAGCAACUUCAGCAGAAGGAUGAUGAGAGGACCGAGUUGGAGCAGAUGAUCCAGGAAAUACAAAAAAAACAUCAAGAGACUGAAAAAGCUCUAGAGGAAAGCCUUGAAGAAAGUAACCAAAGACUCUGCACACUGGAGCUCCUCUCCAGUGAGAGAGGGAGACUGGAGAAGCUGCGUUCUGGGCUGCAGCAGGAGGUGGACUCCCAGCGAGCGGAGCUGGAUGUACUGAGGAGUUCGUCACUGGACCUCCAGAGACAACGAGACCUCCUGAGGCAGCAGAGGGAGGACCUGGAAACGCAGCUGUCACGCCAGCACUCCGAAGUCUGCAGAGGGGAAAGAGCUUUACAGGAACUUGAGAGCAAAUACUCUGAUCUGCGGAGGGAACUGAUUACAGUGAAGGAAUCUCUGGAUCAAAUUACUCUGCAGAAGGAGAUGUUGGAGGAUGACAAAGCCAGCCUUUCUUUGGCUCUAAGCAAGAUGGAGUGUCACAGUGCUGCACAGGAGAGCCUUCUGAUCAAACUGCAGAGUCAGCAUUCUACCCUUAAAGAUUCUCUCAUUAAACUGGCUGCUCUUAGCGAAGGUCUCGCCAAAGACAAGGUGGAGCUUAAUCGCAUUGUUCUUCAGACUGAAGGCGAGAAAAUGGAGCUCAGCGAACGCAGAUGUGAAGCUGAAGGGAAGCGAGCGGCAGCCAGAGAGGACGCGGCGCGAGUGCAGAAGGAGAUGAUGAACUUGCUUGCUGAAAAACAAGCCUUUGAAAGCUCCCACAUUCUACUGCGAGAGCUCUGCCAGAAGCUGGAAGCGGAACUGAGCCUCCUGCACAGGGAGAGAGCCAAGGCCCUGAAGAAGCAAUCGGAGGUCAACAGGCAGAUGCAGACUUUACAAGAGGAGCUGUGUGCAUGCAGGAAGGAGCUAGAAGAAAAGACCACCGCUGCAAAGACAGCUGCCGAACAUAGGGCGGCACUUGCCAAGGACAAGGCUGCUCUGGAAGUGGAACUAAACUCUGCCGAUCGAAAAGCCUGUACUCUCAAACAGGAGCUUGUUGCACUGAGAGCAGAGAAGAAAUCCCUGGAGGCAACUAUAUUCGAGAGCCAGGAGCUCUCCGCGUCCCUGGAGGCCAAGCUCACCAGGCUGGAGGGCGAGAGAUCCAGCUUGAGUCUGGCUAACGAGGCCCUGACGCGUGACGCUGCUCAGAUGCGUGCAGAUGCUGAACAACAGCUACAACAAGCUGCAAAACAACAAAGACUGUUGGAGGAAAAGCUGACUGAGGUGGAAAGAAAUGCCCUUUUGAUGCGGAACAAUACAGAGCAAAUUCACAGAGAGCAGCUGGAAGCCGAACAUAAGCAAACGGAGCAGCAGUUUGCAGAGCUCGCUGUCCAACAGCAGCAGACUGAAGAGCAGUUACGCGUGCAGUGCGAGGAGCUGCGUGCGCACAACCAGAGGGCGCUGCAGCAGGUGCAGGAUGAGUUGGCAAAGCUGCAAAAGGAGUUCAGCCAAAGGCUCCUACAGGCUGAAAACAAAAAGCAACAGGCUUUGUUCCAGCAGGAAGCUGAGAAAGCUGCCCUUACAGAAAAAAUAGCAUCCCUCCAACAGGAUCUGGCUACAGCCACCAUGGAGACGGAGCGUAUGCAGAGGGAAGCGCUUAGCAGACAAGAGCUGGACAAGAAUGCAGUAGUUGUUAGGUGUGAGCUGAAGGACUUACAACAUAAGUUUGAAGAAUCCCUGGCCUCUCAUCAGAGUACUAGGAAAAGUUUCAUGGAGAACAUCAGAGAACUCAACCAACAGAAAGAACAAGCAAAACAGGAGUUAGAGGAUCUUCGUCGUCGGCUGCAAGAGGCAGACGAUAGACUUCUUGAAGGGAAACAAGAUCUGACUGAGGCUCACAGAGAGCUUCAAGGCUGUGUGCAGGAGCGAGACAAGCUACGAAAAGAGGCACUGGAGCUGAGGCGAGAACUGGCUGAUGAGACCAGAGAGAGAGAAGCCAUCCAGGUUUCUAAUCAGGAGCUCAGAGCUUUCAUCAAAAGAGCUGAGAGUGAAAACAACAGCCUCAGACGAGCUUUGGAGGAGAAGCAACAUAAUGAGUCCAUCUUGGAAGAAAGUAGCAGCUCAACACACAAAGAAGCAACCAGUCUGAGGAGCUCUAUGAGGGAGCUGGAGAAGUCUCAUCUGGAGGCCCGCAGAGAGCUGCAAGAACUACGCAGACAGAUAAAGGUCCUGGAAAGCAAGAACAGUCGGCAGAAGCAGGAACUGGUGGAGCUGCAGAGCCAAGUAUGUCAGGAGGAACAGAGGGCAGAGGAAGCACAGCGGGAGGCUUUUGUUCUCAGUCAGAGAGCACUGGAGAGCGAGGCUGCCAAGGAAGCAGCGCUCAGUGAGGUUGCAGGUCUGCAGUGCUGUGUGAUGGAACUGGAAACAGCUGAGCGGCAAAGCCGAGAGCUGCUGCAUGAAAGAGAAGCCAAUCAGCAGCAGAGCGACCAGAGGCACAGAGAAACCACAUCUCAGCUCGAAGACAUGCUAGAGGACUCCAAGACGCAAAUCAGUGAACUUUCUGUCAAACUCAGUCUGGCUGAAAACAAGGCCCGGAGCCUGGAGGAGCAGCUGAGUCUGAGCAAAGGUGUAUGUCGGGACCUGGAGCACCAGCUGGCAGGGGUGAAUGCAGCUCUGCACUGCACUGUUGGUGUCAACCGUGUGAGGCUGUGGCACAAACGUGGAUCGCAAACAAGAUCUUCCUCUCCUUCAAGGAGACACUUCCAUGUGACAGAGGGAGAGUAUGGACCAGAAGAAUCUGGACUACCCUUACUUAAUUCUGAAGAUGAAGAAUUAAAUGUGAAAUAUGUGCAAGCAACUCUGCAGGAGUUCAUGAAGGAACUCAAGAACGCCCGAAGAGAAAAGGAUGAAGCUCAGGCCCAGAUAGUCAGUCUGGGUCAACGUGUGACUGAGCUGAAAGUCUCUCAGGAGAAAUCGCUCAACCAGCUGCUGGAGGCACAGCGCUCCCUCAGGCUAUCAGAGGAGGGAAAACAAGAAAUGGCACGACAGUUGCAUAAGGUGCAAACGUCCCUCACCCUGCAGCAGGAUGUUGCACAUUGUAAAGAGAAGGAAAGCAGAAACCUUGAGGGUCAGUUGGCUCAGAUCAAGACUUCUCUUCAAGCCUCUCAGACUAAAUGCAGGUCAUUGCAGGACAAGUUGGAGGUCUUGCAGGAGUUAGAAACGUGUGCAAAUGCUGAAAACCAGAAACUGAAAAAGUCUCUGGAAGCAGCACAAAGCAGAGCGAACCACCUGGAGCUUUCUCAGUGCACCCUUCAAGGCGAGCUACAGAGGGCCCACCUCAGAACAGCAGAGCUGGAUGCAGAAGCUGCCACACUUCAGGAAAGACUUACAGAAACAAGACGAAAACUGUGCCAGAGUGAAGAUCAAUGCGCAGCGCUCAGGGUCAGCGAGGAGAGGUUGGCGGUGUCGCUGACUCGAGCUGAGCAGCAUGAGAACGGGCUGAGGGAGCAGGUUCGUACGCUUACAAAUACUAUAAGUCGGUCCGGGAAGAACACCGAAGGUUUGCAGGAGCAAGUAACCGAGCUGCAAAGGGUUCUGACUGCUAGCGAGGAGGACCGAAGACUGCUGCAGGAGAGUUUGGAUAAAACCCGGGACGCACUUUCAGAAAGUAAGAGGUUGAACUACUCACUCACUGAGCAAACCCAGAACCUUAACUCGGCACAACAGGAUUUAUAUGUUAGAAUAUCUGAGCUGGAGAAAAGUAACCAGACGCUGAAGGAGAGUCAGAAGCAACAGGAGGAGGCUCAACUACAAGUGUCCAUGCACACCAACAGAGAGAAGAAGGAGCUGCAGGAAAAGCUCACCAACAUGCAGAGCUCUUUGCAAAAGCUUCAGAACGAGAAAGCAAAGAUGGAGAAGGCGUUGACACACCUCAGUAAAGACAAGUCUGCACUUAGAAAGGCAUUAGAGAAAGUGGAGAUGGAGAGACUCAGGAAAGAAGAGGAGGUAGUAUCUGUUGCCAGGGAGAAAGCUCAGCUGGAGCAGACACUGCAAAGCCUGGAGAAAGAGCUGACUGAAGAGCAGAGAGUAGUUCAGACUCUCAAGAUCCAAAUCCCAGAGAUGGAGCGCGCUCAUGCACAGCACCUCCUGGAGGUGACAGCCCAUCAUCACAGGGAACUGGAAUUAGAGACGGAGCGCCUUAGGGACAGUCGGCUCCGGGCAGAGCUGUCCUUAGAGACCAGAGAGAUGGCUCACUGCCAGAGGGUCAGACACCUCGAGGAACAGGUGCUGGCUCUCAAAGAGCAGCUCGAUCGAGAGACGAGAAGGCGUCAGGAAUAUUUCAUUCAGAUGCUACAACCCGGUGUGUAGGCAGUGAAGUAUGUGGCGCCUCUGUGUUCUUCCUCCGCUGUCCACCUGGAAACUUUCCAACAUCUGCAUGUGUCAAGCCACAGCCAUUCUUGGAAGCGCACAAAACGCGCUGCCGAGGCGUUCACAGCCGCCCUGCAGACACACAUGCGUGCGGGAUUACGCUAAUCUGCGAGAAAGCUCAACAACAACAAACAAUAAGCGCAUUGUUCGGACGUGAACUGGAUGUGCCACAUUGUUCUGUGGGAUUGCUUUGUGUGGCUAGGAGAACUUUAUCUGUCCAAUUAUCCCGUGAUGAAAACCUUUCAUUAAUUUGGGUUUUGAUUGAUCUGCACACCCAUUUGUUAUCAUGGUCAUGUGGCCAUUUUCUGACACGAUCAAAUUCAUUGUUUAAUUGAUCCAAAUGAGAAUAACUAACUUUAAUUAUUAGUGAAUGCAAAUGUAGAAUUGUUUGAAAGUUUUGCAUCGUGUCACAUUGCGAAAAAUAUUAUCAUGUGCUGCAAUGUUAAAAAGUCACCAUCAUUUUCAGGCAAAAAAGAUUGUAAACUUUCACGACCACAUCGAGCAUCUCUGCUCAUUUAUUUCAAAUAAAAACAUUCAGACAUUUACAAAUAUGCAUGAGAAAGUGUUUAUUAAGACUUAAUGAUCCUGUUUUUCAAAUAUUUCUUACUUUUAAUCAAGCUUAAUAUUCUCUUGAUAUCUUUUCUGUAUGUUGUGUGAGUUUUUUUUCUGUUUGUUUUGUUUUUUUUGUUUUUUUUUCAUCUCAAAGCCAACAUGUUAGUAACUGCACAUAGAGAGAGGUUAACUGUGCAGGGGAAAAAUCUGACAGACUUUCUUUAAAGCAGCCCUUUGAUUAACAUAGAUCCACCCAGUGGUUAUCCAGUUACCGACCUCUCUCUGACUAUUGGCCGGACGGAGUUAAUUAUGCAAGGUAGUGAAUCCCCUGUGGGGGAGGUGGGGCCAAAAGCUGAAAGAACUCUUUUGGCAAGCAGAAUAGAGCUUUUAUUGAGGAUAUUUCUAAGCUGACCAUCAGGGACCAAAUCACUGGAUUGUUUUUAAAAAAGGGGGGGAAAAAAAAAGAAAAACAUCUCAGCUGAAUCACGCUGCUCUCCCCCCACACCCCUCUUCUUUCAUUUCUUACCCU